AUGACGACCGACUCUACGACUCCUCCUGCCGCCCAGGCAGAGGGUGAGAAGACCACAACAACACCCAAGAAAACCCGGUCCUCCAAGGAUAGUAGCAGCGUUGCUACCAGUACCACCGCUAGCAAAAGUGCUGCUGUCAGCGCUGUUGAUGCCUCGGACAAGUCAAAGGAGAAUGUGAAGGCCUCCCUUCCGUAUUCGAUCCCCAAGAAGCCGACCAGCUCGGAGAUGUAUUCGGCUUGUCAUUAUGACUAG